AUGUUCAGAUCGCCCGCUAGCCUGAGAAGGACACAGCUCAAGCACCGACAUGUUGUGCACGUGAACCCAUUUGAUGUCGCUUGGGGCACCUCUGUCAGUAUAAAUGCACAAAGCCUGGCCGCAAAUUUGUUUGCCAGCAGCAUUUUCCCAUAUGCCGCGUUCCUGUACUACCUGACGCGCUCCAAGAAAACUCCUGGCUUGGCCCUUUUUGGAUUUUACUUCCUAUUGGUAUUUGUGUUCGCAACAAUUCCGGCAGGCAUUUAUGCCAAGACGCACUAUGGAACCAUAUUGGCAAACGUAGACUGGCUGCAUGGCGGUGCAGAGUCCCUCCUGACAAUUACAAAUCUAAUGAUAGUGCUUGGUGUUCGUGAAGGCAUCCGGCAAGCUGAAAAGAGGAGAGGAGAUCUUGAGUCACCUGAGACAGCCAGCAAUGAGCAGAGCAAAGUGAAAGAAAAGCAAACACUGUAG